AUGGGUUCGAGUUCGGAAUUCUACCGACCAGAAGAGAAGAAGAUCAUUUCAGUCUCUAACUACGUUGCCAAUAUGUUAAGAGAGUCAUUUCAAUGCGUUGCUAUUAUCCUCCUUAGCCUUCUCCUUCCUCUCUCCUUUACCGUCCUCGCCAGACUGUCAGUCACGCAUUAUCUCAUUGCCACAUCAGAUUACAUGGAGCCCGAUACACUCCUUGUCAGGCUCUUUCUCUAUGUCAAUCCUACUUUUCUUUAUCUACUAGCUCCACUUGUCAGCAUUUUUGCUAUGACUCAAUGCUUGACAGGACAAACUUUGUUUGAUCACAUGAUUUCAAAAUCUCAUCUUUAUGUGUCGUGGUUUUUACUCUUCACGUUUCAAAUUUGCACGUGCAUAGGUAUAGAAGGUAGUAUAGUUGUUGGAAUAGAUGGUACUAGUUUUAGUCACGAAAGAUUAUGUUUAUUGACGAGAAGUUUGUUUUUCAUGGGAUUGCAUGAUACGACGUUGUUUUGGUCCAAGAAAGUAGUGAAGCCGGUGGUGGAUGACACAGUUUUUGGCGUUGAGACAAAGGAUAGGUAUGUUGAGAAGUUGGCUAUGGCAAUGAGUUUUGGUAUUUUGUGGUGGUGCAAGUUAGGGGAUGAAAUUGAAUCUUUAGUGGUUGUAGCUGAGGUGAAAAGGGACUUAUUUGGUAGUGUUGGUUUGGUUGAUUUUGUUGGUUGGUGGUUGUAUUAUGUGACUGUGGCAAUUGGUAUGGCUAAGGUUGUCAAGGCACUCAUUUGGCUAAAUUUUGUGUUGUUUUGUGGAAAUGUAGUUGAUUCAGACAAUGCAGUCUGUUGUGCAAGAAAUGAUGACAAGGUCUAA